AUGUUGUCAUCGCAUGCAGACGAUGAAUUUCCUAAUGCCAGCGAGCUAAUACAAUGGGCCGAUGGCCUAUUAUUAGUUUAUUCCAUAACAGACCGUGCUAGUUUUAAUUAUAUACGUCGUGCCAAAUCAGAUCUCCAGUCCGAUACUCCCGUUCAAUUGGUGGCCAAUAAAGUGGAUAUGGUGCAUUUACGUCAGGUCAGCCGCGAUGAGGGAGAAAUAUUAUCCAAAGAUUUUGAUUGUAAAUUUAGUGAGGUAUCGGCUGCAGAUCAUGUGGAUCAAGUGGCCGAGGUUUUCAAUGAUUUGUGUAAGGAAAUUAUAGCUUCAAAAAGGAAAUCGAAACAGAGUUUGCUGGAGAGAAUGUUGGGCGGUGCCAGACCCUACAGUCGGGGGAAAAGUGAUAGUAAUUUGCCCAAGGAUUGAUUUUUUAUUAUUUUAUUUUUUUUUAAUGUUUUUGUAUUUAGAAAAUAAUUUAAUUUUUUGUUAUUUAAAUAGUAAAUUUUAUUUAUAAUUAAUUGUAAUAAUUUUUUCUCAUUUAA